ACUCUAUAACGUUAUCUUGACAAGAUCAAGUUAAAGUAUAAGAGAAAAGAGCAACAUGGAAGCUGCUUCUUGUGAUGAACAUGGAAACUUCCAGCCUUACCGAACUUCCUUCCAUUUUCAAGCUCAGAACAAUUGGCUCAACGGUUAUUAUAUUCACUAUGUUUUAAUUCGUAUCUGAUCCUAUGUUCGUACUUUACGUAUCUAUUACCUAAACAAGGAUAAUAAUCUUUCUCUUUGUAUGUUUUGUAACAUUUUUCUCAUUGGAUUAUAAACCUAUGUUGCAUCUUGGAAUGUGAAGAUCCGAACGGGCCAUUGUACUACAAAGGAUUCUACCAUCUGUUCUACCAGCACAACCCUUUGAAUCCAUUUUUCGGUGAUAUUAUGGUAUGGGGACACUCUGUUUCACAAGAUUUAGUCAACUGGAUCAAACUAGAACCAUCCCUUUCUCCCUCAGUUCCCUCUGACAUCAACAGCUGCUGGUCAGGAUCCACCACCAUCCUCCCUGAUGGCAAACCUGUAAUUUUGUACACCGGAUGUGAUGCCAAUAAACAUCAGGUGACAGUUCUUGCUGGGCCUAAAGAUCCUUCCGACCCUUUGCUUCGUGAAUGGGUAAAACCUAAAGGCAAUCCUGUGAUGGUUCCCCCUAGUAACGUCCCGGUGGAUUGUUUCCGUGACCCAACUACCGCGUGGCAAGGGCAUGAUGGGAAGUGGAGAGCCCUUGUAGGAGCUAAGGAGAAAGAUAGUAACAAAGGAAUGGCGAUUUUGUACCACAGUGAUGAUUUUAUGAAGUGGACACAGUUUCAUGUGCCUUUGCUUGAGUCACAAGUCACCGGCAUGUGGGAGUGUGUGGACUUUUAUCCUGUUUCGAUUACCGGUAAAGAGGGUUUAGAUACUUCUGUGAAUGAUUCUAGUGUGAAGCAUGUGUUAAAGACAAGUUAUGGAGGCAAUGAUUGCUAUGUCAUUGGUACCUACUCUUCAGAGACUGAUGUAUUUUCCGCGGAUUCCGAAUUCACUAACACAGCUGCAGAUCUGAGAUAUGAUUAUGGCAAUCUGUUUGCGUCCAAGGCUUUCUUUGAUAGUGCUAAGAAUCGGAGGAUCUCAUGGGGAUGGAUUAUGGAGAGAGAUAGCAAUAAAGAUGAUAUUGUGAAAGGAUGGGCAGGGAUUAUGGCUAUUCCAAGGGAAAUUUGGUUGGAAAAAAGUGGGAAGAGGCUGAUGCAAUGGCCAGUUGAAGAAAUCAACAAUCUCAGAGCCAAAAAUAUUAGCUUGGAUAGCAAGCAACUCGAAGGCGGUUCCAUCCUUGAGAUCUCUGGCAUCACUGCUUCACAAGCCGACAUAGAAGUAGCUUUUGAUAUACCUGAUCUAGAAAAUGAUACCGAAGUUUUCGAUUCAGAGGAAGUUGAUCAACCGACUUUAACCUCCGCUUAUAGCGCAUCGGUUAAAGGUGUUUAUGGACCUUUUGGAUUGUUAGCAUUGGCUAGCAAUGAUUUAUCAGAGCACACUGCAGUCUUCUUUAGAGUUAUUCGUCGUGGGAAUGGAUAUGCGGUUUUAAUGUGCAGUGACGAGAGCAAGUCUUCCUUGAGAGAUAACAUAGAAAAAGCUACGCUUGGAAUAUCCUUAGACAUCGAUCCAAGACAUGAGAAGAUCUCAUUAAGAUGUUUGAUUGAUCACUCGGUUAUAGAGAGCUAUGGGGGAGGAGGAAAAAGUGUGAUAACAUCUAGGGUUUAUCCAAAAAUGGCAAUUGGUGAAGAAGCUAGGCUUUACGUGUUCAAUCAUGGAACCAAGGCUGUGACCAUGUCGUCUUUGGAAGCCUGGAGCAUGAGAAAAGCCCAGAUCAAUUCAAACCAAACCUAAUUAGCUAAUGCUUGUAAUGACUACAAUAUCUUUUGGACAACCUAAGUGAAGCAUAUCUUUCAUCCUUUGUUGUGACUGUUGAAAUAUGUAAGAUUUAUGAGUGAGUCGAGAGAUUUUUAAUAAGUGUGGAUUUUAUGUCACUUCUUAGAGUUGUGGUGGAGAUGUGUCAAGAUCUUUAGAAAAGAUAAACUGCAUACACUAUACACUUGUUUUUUCUGUACACUUUAAAUUGUGGCCAUUGUAACUCAUCACCUU